UUACUUUAAGUAGUGAAGUUGCUGAACAAUCAACAAUUCAUACUGAACUUUUAGAGUCUAGUGAAAAUAGUUCGGACGAAGAAGACUAUGCUAGUGAUGCUAGUAAUGUUAGUGAAGUGGAUCUUACUACGACAUCUAUAUGGAAAGAGCAACCAAUCACUAUUGACCAACGGGCAAUUCAAUUAACAUACAAUCGGCCAUGUCGAAUUAAUCUUCCAUCAGUUAGUUUAUCUUCUCCUUUUACUAUAUUCAGUCGAUUUCUUCCUAUGAAUUAUAUUGAACAAAAUAUUGUUCGUUCUAUCAACUUACUUGGAAGAAAAAACAAUUUAAAUUGGAUCGAUAUAAAUAUCAAUGAAUACAAAAUAUGGUUAGAACUUUGGGUAUUAAUGUCCAUUGUUCCUGUAAGUGAUCGUCGCUAUUAUUGGAGAACACAAGAAAAUACUCAACCAUUAAUGCCAUUUAAUUUUCAACGUUGGAUGAGUAUGCUACGCUUUGAACAAAUAGUGUCACAACAUACACUAAUGAUGCCACAUGAAUUAGAAAUAACUAAUCAUAAUGAUUGCUUAUUUUCA